GCCGCGCUGUGCCUCGGGUUCGCCCUCCAGGCGCACGCGCACGCAGCGAUCUCGCCCGCCCUCGGCAUCAAGGGCACGCCCGUGCGGAACGACGCGCAGCGCCCGCAGAAGAACAGCGAGUGCGGGAACAUCGACAUCGCGAAGAACUUCGACUCCUCCACCGCGAUCCAGGCGGCCGCGAACGGCUCGUUCGUCGCCACUAUCACCAACUUCAACGGAGGGAUCGACGGCUCGCGGCAGGUGACUGCCCUCGUCGACCCGACCGGCACGGGCAAGUCGUUCGUCUCUGCCGACGUCCUGCAGAACGGGGACAAGAACCCGAACGACAACGGCUCCCAGCAGCUCGUCGUGCAGCUCCCUGCGGGCAGCACGUGCGCCGGGGGCGCGUCCAAGGACAAGUGCCUCGUCUCGUUCACCACCGCGGGCGGGUUCGGCAACUGCGUCGUCGUCCAACAGGCUGCUGUUGCCGGCGGCAAGGGUGAUAGCCAAUCGACCUCCGCUGCCGCCGCGUCGUCGGCGCCGGCUGCGUCGACUUCUACGAAGGCGGCCAAGGCGACCAAAGCCGCGACAUCGUCCGUGGCAAGCUCUUCCGCG